AUGUCGGCCCUCGAUGCCCAGCUGGCUAAAUUGCAGCAACUUCUAGGCAACGGUGUGAAGCUGGAGGAGAGACCCAGAGACGAAGAAGACUACAACAAAACUUCAGACAACUCAGUCGGCGAAGGAGCCGACAACAACUACGGCUGGAUGAUGGAGCAUCAGAGACAAGCUACCAGAGACCAGAUUUCUCAAACUGUUCAGCAACAAGAGGCCAAUACUUAUGCCGCCAGACGCCACGAACUUGCCGAGAAGAAGGCAAAGGCAUUUGAUAACUCCAAGUUUCGCAUCUGCCAGGCGGUCUCCAAGAAUUUCACUUUCUGUCCUUUCAAAGUUGUGAUCUCGUAUCCUGAACGCUUCGUGGGCAAGGCCAACAAGCCUCGUACAAAGCCGUUUUUCACCAGAAUCCUCUUCGAGAAAACCUGGGACUUCUUCUAUCUUCAUGAUCCAGAGGAGCCGGCUAGAGACCCCUACCUUUUGAUUCCAACCGCUCAGUUCGAAGUCUUCCUUGAAGAAAUCAACCUCGAGCUUGACACUUCUCUCAAGAUCCCUCCCGGUGUGAACAUGGAAAAGUUCUACCUCAAAUUCGGCGAACAUGGCACCCCUCGCCCUCGAUACUUGAAACGAUCGGAGGAAGAGACAUCUCUUGAUGCUCGGCCAUGGCCCGCUAUCGACCAAGAUGAUAUCAAAGGCUUCAAGGCGGCAACCCCAAAACAGCAACUGGCCUGGAAAGCAAAGUUUCGAAUUGUCAAGUCCGGUUUUCCACCCAGAAACAGGGCAGAUCCUGACAAGGCUGCAAGAAAGAAGAGUCACCGAGAGCGAAUGCUUCGCAACACCCAGAGAUGUCUUGGCCUUCUGGGAGAUCCCGAUGGCUACGACGUUGUUUUCAUUUGCGUCGAUGUUGAAGCCAUUGAAAGAAAGCCCAACCCCGUCUCUGAAAUUGGUAUCGCUAUCCUCGACACACGAGACACCAAAGGCGUCGAUCCUAAGAUUGUCGGCCGUGGCUGGUGGCCCCUAAUCAAGACUCACCAUCUCCGAGUCUAUGAGUUUGCUGGUUUGCGAAACUAUCAAUUCGUCAAGGGAUGCCCUGACGAUUUUGACUUUGGGACGAGCACAUUCCCAACUAAUGCAACGGUCGCAGACUCCAUCAUGGAAAUCUUCAACCCGUGGCUUAAUGAUCAACGAAACAUCGUCGUCGUCGGACAUGACGUGAAACAAGACAUCGCCUACUUCACUGAACUGGGCUUGGACCUAAGAUUCCUCGGAGGGCUGGCGGAACCGGUGGACACUCAAGACAUUCACCAAGCCUGGCGUGGCUCAACCAAUGGACGAAGUCUCGGUGCCGUACUGAACGAUCUUGAUAUCGCCCAUAAGCACCUGCACAAUGCAGGAAACGACGCGCACUACACACUCUGUGCCAUGCUUGGUAUUGCACUGGAAGACAUUCGGAAGGAAGAAGAGUUGAGCAAUAAGAUGCUCAACAAGGUUGACUAA